GAGAGGAUCAACGAUGUCGUCGCCUCCGCCGGAAAAAAAGAGAUCGAUGAUUACGUUUGACUCCCUAACGCAGGACUUAAUAGUGAGCAUCAUCGCACGCGUGCCAAGAGAAUACUAUCCGACUCUCUCCCUCGUAUCCAAGAGAUUUCGAGCUCUCCUAGUUUCACCGGAGCUUUACAAGGCCCGAUCUCUCUCCAACCACACCGAGACUUGUCUGUAUGUGUGCAUAGAGGACGAUCCUGAUUAUCACUGGUUCACCCUCAGCCGGAAACCUGAUCAAACCCUAACCAGUGAUGAUGACGAUGAUGAUGAUGAGGAGAAGAAGUCAAGUGGCUACCUUUUGUCUAGAGUCCCAGUUACAAAUUCUCCUCCUGGGGAAUUUUGGAAUCUCGUCACGGUCGGUUCUGAGAUCUACAACAUUGCCGGUUCCAGAUACGAAGAUCCCCGAGCUCUCUCUAGCGUCUCGAUUCUGGAUUGUCGGACUCACACGUGGAGCAAAGCUCCGAACUUGGGCGUGGAGCUAUGGGCAGUUUCCGCUUGCGCCCAUGAUCGAAUGAUAUAUGUAGUAGGAAGGUACGAAGAAGAAUCUGAUGAUUCCGGCGCCGGACAAGUCUUGCUUAAAUCCUUCUUUGAGGUGUUGGACACAAAAACACAAACUUGGCAUCCUCUACCGGCCAAUGAAGAAGACAUUAUCUCGCACUGCAGUACCGAAUUUGUUAACGGGAAGUUGCACGUGAUGCCUUGGAUGGCUAGUAAAUGUGGUGUGGUUGCUUACAAUUCCAAGGAAGCUAGAUGGGAACAGAUUCUGGAACAACUCGCUGUGAGGAACAAGUCGUUGUGCCGAACAGAGCAUUGUGCCAGUCAGUAAGCUGCAUCAGAUCACAGACGCCCGAGUUGCUGACAUGGAUGUGUGAGCUGACGUGGAAAGACGUGAGUGGAUGUGA